AUGUUUGCUGCUGAAUUGAUUGCAUGUGAAAAUACAUUAAAAGGUAUUAAAAAUAAAGGUCUGUCUUUGAUGAUCAUUGAUAAAAUAUCGUGGAGAAUGCCAUCAGUUUGGAGGCCAGGUUGGCGAACUUUGGUGGAUGAUACUCUUCAUGUGAAAGAAAAGGACUUGAGCUUAGCACAUCUCGUGUCAUAUGUGCUCAAGGUACGUGUGAAGGGACAGAAUGAUGUUGUGUUAACAAAUGCCUUUUUCGACACUGGCUCAACAUGUUCUUUUAUAAGUGAAGCGCUCAUGCAAAGAUUGAAUGCCACUGGUCAUGAAACAAAUUUAAAUAUUCGUACUAUUUCAAAUGUGACUGAACAAAGGAAAAGCUCUGUUAUUGAUGACAUAGAGCUAUCCCAUUUUGAUGAAUCUAAUUUUAUUGCACUGGGUCAACUGUUUUCUAAUAAAUGCAUCGAUAUUGAUGUUUCAAAUAUUCCAACACAGAAGGAUGUGGAUCAGUUUCAUGAAUUCAAGGAUGUGGUAAUUCCCAGGCUAAAUCAAGAAGUUGGCUUGUUAAUAGGAAAAGAUAAUUUUGCUCUACAUAAGCCAUUGGAAAUUGUACACGGGCCAGAUGAAUAUUUUGCUUGUGCACUCUGUAAAAUGUGCACUGAAGUGGUCGACUCGAUACAAAACGAAAAACCAGAAUUUUCCCCUAAUCGAGAAAUUUUCAUGGAAAGAGUGAAUAAGUCUAUUCAUUUGACAACGGAUGGACAUUAUGAAAUUGAUCUUCCAUUUAAAAAUCCUAAUGUGAUCUUGCCAAAAAACAAAAGUCAUGCAGAACAAAGAUUAGAAUAUCUCAGAAGACGAUUUUUAAAAGAACCGGAUUUCUACAAUGAAUACAAAAGUUUUGUAAAAUAUAUGAUUGAUAAUGGUUAUGCAGAAAAGGUCAACAAUUCAGGGGAAUGUGAUGGUAAAACUUGGUAUCUUAGUCACCACGGAGUGCGCCACCCAGAAAAGAAAAGCCUUUGUGUUGUAUUUGAUUGUUCAGCUAAAUUUUCUGGACUGUGUUUGAAUGACGUUCUGUUACAGGGGCCAGACCUUGCAAAUAAUUUGGUUGGUGUUCUGGCUCGUUUUCGAAAACAAUCCGUUGCAAUUCAAGAGACAUCCGAGCAGUGUUUCACCAAUUGUGCCAAUUUUGCCUUGAAAAGGACUGCUGAAGAUAAUAAAGAAGAUUUUAGUGAAAGCACUGUAAAUGCUGUUUAUGAUGCUUUCUACGUUGAUGAUUUUUUGGAUUCAAAACCCAAUGCUGAGGAAGCUAUAGAUCAUGUCAAGAAUGUAAAAAAUUUAGUAUCUAAAGGUGGAUUUGAAAUAACAAAAUGGGUCAGUAAUGAUCGAGCUGUUUUGCUGUCAAUUCCGGAAGAGCAUCGUGCAAAAGAUGUCAAAGGAUUGGAUCUCUCAGUGGAUGAUCUGCCAGUGGAAAAGGCGCUUGGCAUGAUUUGGGAUGUAGAACAAGAUACUUUGUGCUUUCAUGUCAAGCGUAAGGAUAAACCUGCUACAAAAAGAGGAUUGUUGUCAACUAUUAAUUCUAUUUUUGAUCCUCUUUGUUUCGGUCAGCCAGUUCUUCAACCUAUGAAAGUUUUGAUCCAAGAUCUAUGUAGGAAGAAAUUUGAUUGGGACGAUCCUAUUCCACCAGAAUUGAAGAAAGAAUGGUUAAAAUGGUUUUCUGAUUUACCAAAAUUGAAGAAUUUCAAUGUACCGAGAUGCUAUACACCAAAAGAUUUUGGUAAAAUAAUCGAUAUAAAACUUCAUCAUUUUUCAGAUGCGUCUGAAAAGUCAUAUGGUGCCGUAUCCUACAUUAGAAUUACAAAUACGUAA